AUGUAUCAUGUUACUGACCCGGGACAGGUUUACAACUGGGAGCCCCACAAGGAUGUCUGCUACAAGCUCUACAUCGAGGAGCGCAAGUCGCUCGAGGAGAUCAUGCAGUACAUGCGAGACACCGCCAACUUCGCCCCCUCGAAGCGUGCCUUCCAGACCCAGUUCAAGCGCUGGGGCUUUCCCUCCAAGCGCAAGCCCGCCUUCCGGGACGAAGAUUUGGUAGACCGCGUCAAAGAGCUCUGGGAAGCCAACUACAGUCAACGCAACAUGCUUGCAGUGCUGCACGAGGAGGGCCACGAUAUCAAGGAACGUGAACUGAUGAGGUUGCGCGCAAAGAAUCGCUGGUUGAUGCGCAUCCCAAACGGUGCUAAACAGACCCCUGCCGAGGAAGAAGAGGCUCGAAUCGAGGCCCAGUUACUGGAUGCUGCCCAAGAGGAAGGAGCCGGAGCCCUCGCCGACCCGGCCCAACCACCAGUUGACGAGCAGCCCCCUGAAGAAUUCCUACAGCAACAAAAGGAGAGGCUAGAACGACUGCAGGCGCUCAGUGACGAGAGAUGGCGGGCCAAGAAGCGUCGUCGUCGCACCAAGGGGUAUGCUGGACUCCCGGCCGACCCCCCAGGACUUCCACCGCGCUUUCCGUCCGAGACCACGCUCGAGGAGAGCAGGGAGAUCCUCUCUCUCAGCACAAAGCAGUACCGCGCACUUCGGGACCAAUUCCAAGUCAUCUGUCAGGAGGAACAGAUCACGCAAAAGACCGUGGCUGGGGCGGAAAAGUGGCAAGGUGUCAAGGAUCGCCUGGUUCGCGAAAACCCUCUGCUGCACGCCGUGCUUUUCUCCGAUCCCUCAAAUCGGCAAUCGAAAGAGCUCGCACUGGAUGUCAUCUGCACCGAUGUCACCAAACGCAUCCGGACCAUGGGUCGUCGGCUGACCAUCUUGGAGUCCAAGAAUAUUCUGGGCUUGAACCCUGAACAAAGCCGUCAGAUCCGUAGUGGCUUCUACAACAUCCUGGACUCGGAGCACUACACUAGCAAGUUGGAGAUGGGACCGGAGAUGUGGCAGACGUUCAAGGAUCGCUGGAUUGCCGAGACGCCUCUUCUCCAGCAGAUUCUCGCCCCGGGCAGCGCAGACCCUGACCACGAGAAGAAGAAAGCCGCGUUGGAGCUCCUUUGCCGCGAUGUCAUGAAGCGUGUCAGGGAUGAUCGCGCGAAGAAGAAGGGUACCUUUCGCAAGAGGGUCACCGAGACACCCCCUCACGCAAUUAAUACCGUGGGCACGAUUGACACGACUCCUCACCCACCUGCCAACAGCGCCUACGAGCCGUCUCAGCCUGCCAAUCCUUUCAGCGAUGUCUCAGCCGUAAUGCAGAACAACGACUUGUCGGACCUUCAAAUCGAUCCUAAUCUGCUGCAAGUGGCAGACACCCUCGGAUCUCCACCAGUGUCUUCCAUGACACCGGUGUAUGUUCGACCACAUCCCAAAUCGACCAUGUAUAACCACACGAAAAUGUGGUUGGGGUCACUGUCCGGCCGCACGGUGCAGGAGCUGCGCGCAAUGAUUGCGAUUAAGUAUCCCGAAGCAAAGCCGGCCCGUAUCGAUGGAGUCGAGAAGGACGCUGGUGGAAAUGAGAUCUCGUAUCUGAUCGAGGAGGAUGAUGAACUUGAUGCCUACCUUGAGCAUGUCCAGGGGCGCAAGGCGACCUUUGUCGUCUUACUGAUCAAGGAGUGA